CAGACAGCAGCAGCCAGCAAAUAUAACCGGGAGUUCUCGCUCUGUUAGUUGAACAUACAAACAUGGAUUUGGUGCUGCUGUAGUGAUGAUGCUCAAUUCCAGUUAUACUCACACAACAUGGGCACUGUUUUAGCACCGUUUUUUUACGCCGGUAGCUUCGGUAUUCUUUCUCUUUUCUCUGUCUCAUAUUCUAGGUCGUCAUCUCUCCAUCGCUUAUAGGCCGAAAGAGAGAGAGGGUGAAAGAGAGAGUUAGAGAGGGAACCAAAAAGAGGCUGAGAGAGGCAGGCAGGCUCGAGAAGGGAACAUACUGUGGGUUCCGAAGACAUUUUCUCCGUGGUUGUGUUUUCUGGAUGAUUUCUCAUUCUGAUUAUUUUUGAAAUUAUUUUAUUAUAAUCAUGGCGACAGAUUCCCCUGCCCGGAGUCUGGAUGAGAUCGACCUGUCUGCACUACGGGAUCCAGCGGGGAUCUUUGAGCUGGUGGAAUUGGUGGGCAACGGAACCUAUGGACAGGUGUACAAGGGUCGUCAUGUCAAGACAGGACAACUGGCGGCCAUCAAGGUCAUGGAUGUCACUGGGGAUGAGGAGGAGGAGAUUAAGGCAGAGAUCAACAUGUUGAAGAAGUACAGCCACCAUCGGAACAUCGCUACCUACUAUGGUGCCUUCAUCAAGAAGAACCCCCCUGGCGCUGAUGACCAGCUUUGGUUGGUGAUGGAGUUCUGUGGCGCGGGCUCAGUCACAGAUCUCAUUAAAAACACCAAGGGGAACUCACUGAAGGAGGAGUGGACAGCGUACAUCUGUAGAGAGAUCCUCAGGGGUCUGACCCAUCUUCACCAGCACAAAGUCAUCCACAGAGACAUCAAAGGUCAGAAUGUCCUACUGACUGAGAAUGCAGAGGUCAAGCUUGUGGACUUUGGCGUGAGCGCUCAGUUGGAUCGAACGGUGGGACGAAGGAAUACUUUUAUCGGAACGCCCUAUUGGAUGGCUCCUGAAGUCAUUGCCUGUGACGAAAACCCAGAGGCUACCUACGACUUCAAGAGCGACCUGUGGUCUCUGGGUAUAACUGCUAUAGAAAUGGCAGAGGGAGCACCACCUCUGUGUGACAUGCACCCAAUGAGAGCGCUCUUCCUCAUUCCCCGAAACCCCGCCCCAAGGCUCAAGUCCAAAAAGUGGUCUAAGAAGUUCCAAUCGUUCAUCGAGAGCUGUUUGGUGAAGAGCCACGGCCAGAGACCGAGCACAGAGCAGCUGCUGAAACACCCCUUCAUCAGAGAGCUGCCCAACGAGCGGCAGGUCCGCAUCCAGCUGAAGGACCACAUCGACAGGACCAAGAAGAAGCGGGGAGAGAGGGACGAGACGGAAUAUGAGUACAGCGGAAGUGAGGAGGAGGAGGAAGAGGAGCGAAACGUCGGGGAGACAAGCUCCAUCAUAAACAUCCCUGGCGAGUCCACGUUAAGGCGGGACUUCCUGCGCCUGCAGCUGGCCAAUAAGGAGCGCUCUGAGGCUCUGAGGCGGCAGCAGCUGGAGCAACAGCAGAACGAGGAACACAAGCGCCUCCUGCUGGCCGAGCGACAAAAACGCAUAGAGGAGCAGAAAGAACAGAGGAGGAGGCUGGAGGAGCAACAGCGUAGAGAGCGAGAGUUGAGGAAACAGCAAGAGAGAGAACAGAGGAGACGCUACGAGGAGAUGGAGCAGCUGCGGCGGGACGAGGAGCGUAGGCAUGCCGAGCGUGAGCAGGAGUACAUCCGUAGACAGUUGGAGGAGGAACAGAGACAGUUAGAGAUUCUACAACAGCAGCUGUUACAGGAGCAGGCUCUACUGCUGGAGUAUAAGCGUAAGCAGAUUGAGGAGCAGCGUCAAGCCGAGAGGCUACAGAGACAAUUACAGCAGGAGAGAGCCUAUCUGGUGUCUCUACAGCAGCAACAACAACAACAAAACCAAGAUGGCCGACCAGGAGAGAAGAAACAGCUGUAUCACUAUAAAGACUCAGCUAGUCCUACUGACAAACCCGCCUGGGCGAAAGAGGUCCAGAAGCAGCAGAAACGCCCCCAGAGCAACUCACCCCGCCCAUUACGUCAGCACCACUCCUUUAACCAACCAGUAGACUCCAAACCCUCCCAGCUUCGUCCCCAUGCCAACCCUGCUCGCCGAGCCCCCUCUAACCCUAUCCAAACCCCUCGCGGUCGUACUGCCCACGAGACAAGGAAUGUAGUGAAUUCUCCUCUGAAAAGUGAGAUCAACCAACAGUUUAGACAGAUGGGAGCUCAGAAAAACAGGGAGAUCAAAGUCACAGGAAGACAUAACAGCCCCCGAGUCAACCCCCGUGUUGUAGUAUCUGGCAACAACCUGGGUCCGAAAGCCCAGAGGCAAGCCAAUCAGAAGGCUGACCGUCUAUACCGAGGACGUAGUCCCGGCCCCAAACACCAGGGGCCGCCAGGCAACUCCAACCAGGACCCGCAAAAUAACGGUCAGGGUCAACCGACUGUCUCAGUCCCCAACCAAGGCCAGGGUCCGAGCGAGGGCCCAGGUACCCAACAGCCUUCAGCAGCCUUCACGCCCGUCCUCAUCUCCAGCCCAAUCCCUGUCCUCAUCUCCGGCCCUUUGCAAAGCGAGAGCGCCGUUGUACCCUCUAACCAGGUGGCCACGAAUGGGAUCGACUGGGCCCCCAGCUCCUGCCCCAACCAGGGACCUAACCCGGGGGUGGAGGAGCGAUCCAAGUUGAACAGGCAGAGUUCUCCGGCGCUGCAGCACAAGGCCCUGUCCAGCCGGGUCUCUGAGGCCGCGCUGCCCCCCCGAUCCGAGUCCUUCAGCGCCGCCGGGAUGCAGCCGGCACGCACGCCUCCGUCACACCGCUCCGUAGAACCACAGAUGGCCCAUCUGAUUCCAGUGAAGACCAUGUCAGGCUCUCAGUCUCUGCAGGAGGGGACAAGGGGAGACGGUGGAGGGAUGGGGAGGAGAGGGGAGGAGGGAGGAGGCAUGCCGCCUCGUCAGAACUCUGACCCCACGUCAGAUUCGAACCCCGCCCCCCCACCUCGUACCACCAGCCGAGACGACGACGAGCUCCCUCCUAAAGUCCCUCAGAGGACCACCUCCAUCUCUCCCGCCCUCGUGAGGAAAAACUCCCCCAACGGGCAGGGACUCAUACGAGCCAGUAAUCCAGACCUGAGAGCGUCAGAGCUGUCUCUGGAUGCUUCUCUACAGAGGAGGUCUUCACAUUCCUCCUCCUCAUCUUCACCAUCCUCACAGAGAGGUCCACCAGUCCAGGAAACAUCCCCCCCAGCGGCAGCCAAUCAGGAGGUCAGGAUCAGACAGGGAGAAGGGCGAGAGUCAGCCAGACCCAGCAGACCUGCAAGCUAUAAGAAAGCCAUAGACGAGGAGGAACUGGACCUCAGUGCCCUGGCUAAGGAACUUCGAGAGUUGAGAGUAGAAGAGGGUAACCGACCUCCAGUGAAGGUGAGAAAGGUGACGGACUACUCUUCGUCGAGUGACGAGGGGUCAGAGAGCAGCGACGAGGACGGAGAGACGGGUCAAGACGGGACUGUGGCAGUCAUGCCACAGCAGGGUGAGGAAUAUGGAGGUUUGACUGAUGAACCUCUGGCUGGCUCCUUCAACACAACACAAGACAGCACCUUGGUGAUGAGAGAGGCGGAGGAGAGGAGGAGGGCGUCAGGCCAUGGUGAAAGUAACGGGUUCCAUAGCAACCGUCGAGGCAGCAGUAACCAUGGGAACCUCCCUGACCUGGUCCAGCAGAGCUCCACUUCCUCACCGUCCGCCUUGGAUUCACUAAAAGAGCAAUUUGGAUCGAAGGCUUCCUUCUCCCCAUUUGGAGACCCUCUCUCCUAUCAGACCUCCCCUACGGAAGAUGACGACGAUGAAGAUGAGAGCUCCGCUGGUCUGUUCACUAGUGACUUGUUGCGGCAGGAACAGGAGCAAGCCAGGUUAGCCGAGGCCAGGAAGAUCAGCGUGGUCAACGUGAACCCGACCAACAUACGACCACACAGCGACACGCCUGAGAUCCGCAAAUACAAGAAGAGAUUUAACUCUGAGAUCCUGUGUGCGGCUCUCUGGGGUGUGAACCUGCUGGUGGGGACAGAGAGCGGUCUGAUGCUGCUGGACCGCAGCGGUCAGGGGAAGGUCUAUAACCUGAUCACCCGACGACGCUUCCUUCAGAUGGACGUCCUGGAAGGCCUCAACGUCCUGGUCACGAUAUCAGGGAAGAAGAAUAAGUUGCGUGUUUACUACCUGUCCUGGCUGAGGAACAGGAUAUUACACAACGACCCUGAGGUGGAGAAGAAGCAGGGCUGGGUCACAGUGGGGGAGCUGGAGGGCUGUGUCCACUACAAAGUCGUGAAGUACGAGAGGAUCAAGUUCCUGGUGAUUGCUCAGAAGAAUGCUGUGGAGAUCUACGCCUGGGCACCAAAACCCUAUCACAAGUUCAUGGCCUUCAAGUCGUUCACUGACCUGCAGCACCGCCCCCAGCUGGUUGACCUGACGGUGGAGGAGGGUCAGAGGUUAAAGGUUAUAUACGGCUCCUGCCUAGGUUUCCAUGUUAUCGACGUUGACUCUGGCAACCCGUACGACAUCUAUGUCCCCUCACAUAUCCAGAGCCAGGUGACCCCCCAUGCCAUCGUGGUCCUCCCUAAGACAGACGGGAUGGAGAUGCUGUUGUGCUACGAGGACGAGGGCGUGUAUGUCAACACCUACGGGCGCAUCACCAAAGACGUGGUCCUGCAGUGGGGAGAGAUGCCCACAUCAGUGGCCUAUAUCCACUCCAGCCAGAUAAUGGGCUGGGGGGAGAAGGCCAUAGAGAUCAGGUCUGUGGAGACUGGACACCUGGACGGGGUCUUCAUGCACAAGAGAGCCCAGAGACUCAAGUUCCUGUGUGAAAGGAACGACAAGGUGUUCUUUGCGUCAGUGAGGUCUGGAGGAAGCAGCCAGGUGUUCUUCAUGACCCUGAACCGUAGCUCGAUGAUGAACUGGUGAAACUCCUCCCUUCUGUCUUCCCAUUGGCCUGCUCAGCUGUCCGUUAUCGGCCAAGGCUCAUAGCCAAUUUAAACGGACCCAGAGAAUCAAAUCCUGAAUGAAACAAGUGACUUGAAUAAUCAGAGUCCAACACUGAAUCUAACUGACAGAAUCAAAUGCAGAAUGAAUCAAUCACUGAGAGAAUCAAAUAUCAAAUCAAAGUUUUAAAGAAUUUAAUUCUUAACGAAUUAAAUUUAAAGAGAAUCAAACUUGAACAAAGUGAAAAACUGAGAGACUACAACACUGUAACAGACUUAUAGGACUUCAAAUAAUAAAAAGAAACCCCAUUAUAAAGGAGAGUGUGCAGGUAGAGGCUGGGUUGGAUCAACAGGUUUCAACUGGUUUUACAAGAUCUCAACACUGUCUGCAGAGACGGACCAGUGCUGCUGGUGCUUCCUGAUCUGAUGACAACCCCCUCACCCCACCUCUCUUCUUUCUUUCUUUUUUCUAUUUUUCUUUUUCUGUCUUUCUUUCCUCAACUUUAUCCUAGCCUAAUUUCUUUCCACGUCUCCCUCUCUCUUGUCCCCUCUACCCCUCCUCUAAAAUAUUGGCUAUGUCCCUUUAAAAACAGAACCACGGCCUGUCUUCCUUCCUUCUCUCUGUUCCUCUCCUCGUUUCCUCUUCUCCUACCCCUCUCUCUUAUCUCCUUUACAUUCUUAAGGUGCUGCAUCAGAAAAACUGUAAUGUUACAUAUAAAAAAAUAACAAAGUUGCUGUUUUCUAGAAAUAUGCUUUUCUUUUCCUUAAAAUAACACAUUGAUCAAGUUUGAUGUUCAAGGUUUGUUUAUCGUUUAUUUCUGUACUGUAUUAAAAUGUACAUUUGAUGCUCCAUUAUAAUUGUAAUGUUAAGAGCUUGAGAACUUGCACAGCACAUUUUAGUGUCUGUCAUUUAAUUUGUGUGUUUUAUUUUAUGCUGAAAUGCCAGAGAAAAACCUGAUUCAACUGAGAAUUGUCUGAGAAACAACCAGUUUGUGUUUGUCUCUGUCUAUGUGUGUGUGUCUGUGCGUGUAAAGAGUCAAUGUGUAAAGCUGUCCCUGAAUCUGAUUUGAUUGGUCUGGACUCAUUGUGAAUUCUUCUUGUCAGUACAGUGCCUAGCACCAUGCAGCAACAAUCACAGAGGCCGACUGAUUUUUGUUUUGCACACACUUUUCUGUUGGUUUACACUUUUAUUUGAACGCUCUUAUAGCAUUUUAUGUCCUUAUUGGAUAAACCAUUAACAGUUUAACUAAAUUAGUACUUAAUUUAAAAAAGAAUAUUGAAACAAGAUACUUGUUUAAAAGCUUUUAUGAAACACAUAGGAUAGAAGAUGGAAAGCUGUAGUCCACUUCAUGCUGUCCGAGCCCUGCUGUCAAACUCCAUUACCUACAAUACAUCGGUCCCGUCGAGUGUGUAUGGGUUGUGUGUGUAUUUAGUGACUAGCGGUACAACAAA